AUGGAGGCCUUCCUGGAAGAAUUCGGCUCCGAGCUCCUGGAGCGACCGGAGGUCCAAGUCCUUGCGGAGCUCCUCCAGAAACCCGAUGCCUCUCCUACCGCGGCCGUCCAACGACUCCUUCAGAGCCGCGAGAUCCCACCGCAGAAGGGGGACGAGUCCCCGAGCAGCAACAACACAAACGGCGCAGGCAAUCAUGCUUGGUUUACGAUGUUCCCGCUGGUCGAACUCGCGAGUCUCACCCCGGCUGCGCAGCAGGCCAAGCUCAUCGAGUUCGUCGCCCAGCUUCAAAAGACUCCCGUCAUCGACCCGGUCACGGCGCAACCGCCGACAGUGGCCGAUGAUCUGAAACUCUGGACCGACCUUCCCUACCUCCGCAUUUACUUGGCCGAUAGAUCUGGUUUCCGUGCGUGGACCCCCUCCCUUUCUCUCUUUCCUUUCUCCUUUCCGCCGCUGUUUGGCUCGUUCGCACCCACCUCCGCUGACUGGGACCAAGCAGGUUAUGUUAAAAAGGCAUACCCCGAGGCAGAGGAGUAUCCCCCAGCCGAGGUCCGGGAGUGGGAGAACCGGAACGCGUUCAUGGCGCAGCUGACGGCCGCGGCGGAUGAGCUCAGCCAUCCCAUGGACUUCUCGCUCUAUGGCCUGUACGCGUGCCGGAGCGCAUUUGAGGAAAAAGAAGAACCGGUGGAGGAGGCGGUGCGCGCGGCCUGUAUCUGGUUCAUCUAUGCCGGAGCGCGGAUGUGGGAGAAUUGUCAGGCGCGGCGGGGGUUCGGGGAUAGUCCGGAUGACCCACGCUACUUCGAUCUGCCCCGAUGGCGGCGCUGGGAGGAGGGACUGCAGGCGGCACGGCGCGAGUUUCGUCGGCAGAGUACGCAGGAGCUGAUCCAAACGGCAUUGAUGGAACUGGGAAGGGCCCAGAGCAGGAUACACUGAGGCUUCCAUAGAUCAGGUGGAAGGUGUAACUCUCGUGGCGUUUGGUCCUUAUAGUCUAGUACAGUAGUUCUACUUUUGAACU